AUGUCUUUCACCGAUCUCGAGACAAUCGACCUGUCGAGGUCAUGGCAGAACUCCGAUCCCGGCCUCUUCAAUUACAUCGCAAAGCCGUGGAAUGCAUCCGACCUGGCUGACUAUCCCCUGUACCUGAACGAAGGAGCCUCCUUCUCUAACGGCGAAAGCCUCUUUUUCUACGGAGCCUAGGCCAGCGAGUGGGGAGGGCCCCCUGUCCCGCCGCUGGCAACGUGGAAGUACGACACAAAUAACAACUGGACCAGGGACGGGUUCUGGGGCGUUCCCGUCGUGAGACUCACACGGGGAGGCGCGGUCCAGUCGUCGCUCGAUAAAAAAAAGCUUACUAUCUAAGCGGCACGUUGCACCCUGCCGGAAACCCUGUCUUCCAUAACACGCCGGGGCGGAUACGUCCAUGACCCCGGGACUGAUCACACUAGAUAUGAAUGCCCUCGAGUGGACCAAUGCAUCUACUGCCGAUAUGGACACUUUCGAGACCAUUGGCGAUGGCUACGUGAGUCUUAUCGAAUCUGCGGGUGACCAGGGCCUCCUCGUCGCUUUUGGGGGAUAUACGUAUCCCGUCG